UUUUGAACAACCAACCGUUCAACAAGCAGGACUGACAGCGCGUGUCCAAUAAGAUACUCCAAGGAGUUGGCGGCAGCCAAUGUCCGACAGCCGGUGCCCAACACACAGAAUAAACACAGACGGAUUCUCGCAGCCGAAAGACCGCGCACUGACGGUGCUUUUCGUCCCAUUGUUUGAGACGUACCGACGUGCUGCUGGCCUCAUAUAGCGCUGUAGGGUAAGCCAAAAUGGGGAAGGAUCCAAAGAAGCCGAGGGGCAAAAUGUCCUCAUAUGCCUACUUUGUGCAGACGUGCCGGGAGGAGCAUAAGAAGAAACACCCUGAUGCCAGUGUCAACUUCUCAGAGUUCUCCAAGAAAUGCUCUGAGCGAUGGAAGACAAUGUCUCCAAAAGAGAAAGGCAAGUUUGAAGACAUGGCCAAGCAAGACAAGUUGCGUUAUGAGCGGGAAAUGAAGAAUUACGUGCCUCCCAAGGGCCAGAAGAAGAAGCGAUUCAAGGACCCCAAUGCCCCCAAGAGACCACCGUCUGCAUUUUUCCUCUUCUGUGCAGAUUUUUGCCCAAAAAUAAAAAGUGAAAAUCCAGGCCUUUCCAUUGGGGACACAGCAAAGAAGUUGGGAGAGAUGUGGAACAGCUCAUCUGCAGAAGAAAAGCAGCCAUAUGAGAAGAAGGCUGCCAAGUUGAAGGAGAAAUAUGACAAGGAUAUUGUUGCUUACCGCACAAAGGGAAAAGUGGAUUCAGGACCAGCUGCUGCAGCUGAUGAUGAUGAUGAUGACAAUGAAGAAGAAGAGGAGGAAGGAGAAGAAGAAGAGGAAGAUGAGGAUGAUGAUGAUGAGUAGCUCACUUGGGGAUGGGACCUGCAGUUUUGUUUAUGCCAUAUAUCCUUAUAUCUCAAUUCACCAUCUUGAAAAACCGAAGUCAGAUUGACCAAGAUCAUGUGUAUAUUUAAUGUUUUUAAGAUGUACAGUGUUAUUCUCCUUUUCCUUUUUCUUUUGUUUUUUUUUUGUAAAGUCAACACUACAUAUCUUACGUUUGGAAUUUUCUAGUGGUAGUACUUUAUCCCUGCCAUAUUAUGUAACAGUCUAGGAGGACUACAAAUAAGUAUGAAAGUAACUAGUCCUUAGGUGUUCCAACUCAAAAAUGAGAUUUCUGAGUUGCUAGUGUAUUUUUGUUUAUUUUGAAAAAUAUUUUUUUAUGUGCUGUCCCAAUGUCUUUUUAUUGUUCUUUGAAUACCACUCUAAUAUCAAAUGCAGCUGUCGACAUUCAAGAAUGUCUUCAAUAAAGGUCGUUUUUUUUUUUUUUUU